CGGUGUCAUCGACUGAUGACGUCAGAUGCGUAGUAUAUAACCUUAAAAAUUACAUUUCAAGCAAUCGAUUUACGCUGAGAAUGGCGACAAGCCAUAUGUUGCAGUUUGUUGUUUUUUUAAUAUUUUUCCUUUUUAAUGAAUUGUCAUGGGCUUCCGACAUAAAGAAAUUCCCUUUGCUUAUGCCAAACGUUCAUCCUGACAGAGAUGAAUUUUAUGUAUGCACUCCAAUCAAAAUAGUAGGCGAUAAGGACUUUUACAUUGUUGGCUUUGAACCAAAUGCUACUAUGAAUGUAGUGCAUCAUAUGUUGUUAUUCGGUUGCUCAACACCUGGAGCAGAUGCUGAAUAUUGGGAUUGCGGUGAAAUGGCCGACCCAGCUAGUGAUAACGGGAGAUUAAAAAAAGCCAGUCCUUGUGGGUCUGGAUCUCAUGUAAUUUAUGCAUGGGCCCGAAAUGCUAAGCCUCUGAAACUACCUGACGAUGUCGGUUUCCUAGUUGGUAAAAACACACCUAUACAGUAUUUGGUGCUGCAGAUACAUUAUUCAAAAAAAUUCCCUGAGGAAAAUACGGACAACUCCGGAUUGUUUCUGUUGUACACUGAGCAACCGCAAAGUAAAUUGGCAGCAGUGCUCUUAUUGGCUGUUGGAGGAGUGAUUCCACCUAAGUCUGUUACCCACAUGGAAGUUGAAUGCAGAAUAAAUGAAAGGAAAACAAUAUAUCCUUUUGCAUAUAGAACUCAUACUCAUGGAUUAGGAAGAGUGGUGUCAGGGUAUAGAGUGGUGAGAGAUGACGAUGGUGUAGAUCAUUGGAAUUUACUGGGAAAGCGAGAUCCAUUGACGCCACAAAUGUUUUAUCCUGUAUUUGAUAAAACUCCUAUUAAAUAUGGGGAUAGAGUAGCAGCAAGAUGUACGAUGGACAGCUCAUCUAGAGAUAGAUAUACGGAAGUGGGUCCAACCAACAAUGAUGAAAUGUGUAAUUUUUAUCUAAUGGCUUAUGUAGAAGAAGGUAAUCCAUUAGAGACCCCGCAGUGUUUCAAACCUGGCCCGCCAAAUUAUUCCUGGGAAAGUGAUCAUUUAAAUAAUAUACCUGAUGCGGAAGCUUCAUCCUUAUACUGAAGGAACUUGACCAAACUGAUCUACAACAUAAUAUACCUACAUGUGAUUAUAAAGUCUAUUUAAAAAUUAGUGACAGUAUUUUUGUAAGUUGUUUUCAAUGCACAUUUUUAAAAAAUUUUUAUUUUAUAUAUCUACUUAAAGAAUCUCUAUAUCUAUUUGAUUAUUUAUUUAUUUAUUUAUUGGUCUGUUUAAAUCAUUCUCAGUACUUAAAUUGUUAUAAUUGCAUUCCAGAGGCUCUAAAAUAUUUUUUUAGACUCUUGUACCUUGCCUUUCAGGGACUUCCAGUAUGUAUUCAUAUCAGCACAUUUUAGUUGCACAAUUAUGUCUCGAAAUCACUAUUGAAAUGUUUCAGAAUUAUAUUUUAAAAACCUGGUUGCACAUAUAACUCUGAAACAUUUAAUCGUCUGUAGAUUAACUAUAGUUAUAGUACCAAAAUUAAGUCAAAUUACAAAUUUGAUGUAGGGACAUUAAUUCAAUUAAAAGUGUUUGAAUCUGUAUUAUUGAAUAAUAUAACAUUUAAAUAAUAUUUAAGAUAAGACAUUGCAGAAGGUGUACAUUUUCCUAUAAUGCUUCCUAGGACAAUAGUUGACGGCAUUUCCCGUACAACGAUUUUAUUUUAAUUAGACCGCAUUAAUCAUUUACAUUUAUGAGAUUUUAUGUAUGUUACAAUAUAUUUUGUUAGCCAGCUACUUAAUGAUGUGAUAUGCACUAUAGUAUAUAGAUGAACCUAUGUGUUAUUCAGUUAUUUCAAAAAUAUAUUUGAAUUGUUAUUAGAUAAAUGCACAUAAUAAAUUUUUCAAA